AAGAUGGCGGACGCGUUCGGGGAUGAUUUGUUCAGCGUGUUCGAGGAGGAAUCCUCCAAAAAGGAUAAAACAGGGUCUGGAGGCACCGGCGGCGGGGGCACUCUUGGGAAGGCCUUUGCUGGAGGUGCUCAAGGAGCUAAUGCAGUUUCCUCAGUGAAGAACAAGCGUGAAGUCGAGACAGAUAAUCCAGAUGAUGCAUUCUUUGGAAAAAAACCAAAACUUGAAGUUGUGUCCACCGAGGAAAUUAAUCUUGCAGACCUGAUGCCUAAGGUGAAGGUGGAACAAGUUGAUACAGUCGAAGGCUGUAACCAUGAAGUGGCCAUUCCAUUGUCAGAUGAAUAUCAGCAACUAAAACCUCGUACUGGAAAAGCAGCCAAGGAAUACCCUUUUAUUCUUGAUGCUUUUCAAAGAGAGGCCAUUGCUUGCAUUGAUAACAAUCAGUCUGUACUGGUGUCUGCACAUACAUCAGCUGGAAAAACUGUGUGCGCUGAAUAUGCAAUAGCGCUUGCUUUACGUGAUAAGCAAAGAGUUAUCUUUACCAGUCCUAUCAAAGCAUUGAGUAAUCAAAAAUAUCGUGAAAUGUAUGAAGAAUUCCAGGAUGUUGGACUAAUGACUGGCGAUGUCACAAUCAAUCCAACAGCCUCCUGUCUGGUCAUGACAACUGAGAUUUUGAGAAGCAUGUUGUACAGGGGAUCUGAGGUAAUGAGAGAAGUCGCCUGGGUUAUCUUUGAUGAAAUUCAUUACAUGAGAGAUGCAGAACGUGGUGUUGUUUGGGAGGAAACAAUUAUUCUUCUCCCAGACAAUGUACAUUAUGUGUUCCUUUCUGCAACUAUUCCCAAUGCACGACAAUUUGCUGAAUGGAUCUGCCACCUUCACAAGCAGCCAUGCCAUGUGAUCUAUACCGACUACAGACCGACACCUUUGCAGCACUACAUUUUUCCAGCUGGAGGUGAUGGAUUGCAUCUAGUAGUUGAUGAAAAUGGGGAUUUUAGAGAAGAUAACUUCAAUACUGCUAUGCAAGUACUGAGAGAUGCUGGUGAACUUUCCAAGGGUGAUCCAAAGGGACGUAAAGGAGGAACUAAAGGACCAUCAAAUGUAUUCAAAAUUGUGAAAAUGAUCAUGGAAAGGAAUUUUCAGCCUGUUAUCAUCUUCAGCUUCAGCAAGAAAGACUGUGAAGCGUACGCACUUCAAAUGUCCAAGUUGGAUUUUAAUACAGAUGAUGAAAAAAAACUCGUGGAAGAGGUAUUUAACAAUGCUAUUGAUUGCUUGUCUGAUGAAGAUAAAAAACUUCCUCAGGUUGAACAUGUGCUGCCUCUUUUAAAACGAGGAAUUGGAAUCCACCAUGGUGGUUUGCUUCCUAUUUUGAAAGAAACUAUUGAAAUUCUCUUCUCUGAAGGACUCCUGAAGGCAUUAUUUGCAACAGAGACCUUUGCUAUGGGUAUCAACAUGCCAGCAAGGACAGUUUUGUUCACCAGUGCCCGCAAAUUUGAUGGGAAAGAUUUCCGUUGGAUCUCUUCAGGGGAAUACAUUCAAAUGUCAGGUCGAGCUGGUAGGCGUGGCAUGGAUGAAAGAGGAAUCGUUAUUCUUAUGGUAGAUGAAAAGAUGAGUCCAACAGUUGGAAAACAACUUCUGAAGGGCUCAGCCGAUCCUCUUAAUAGCGCAUUUCAUCUGACCUAUAACAUGGUUUUAAACCUCCUUCGUGUUGAAGAAAUAAAUCCUGAGUACAUGUUGGAAAAAUCCUUCUACCAGUUUCAGAAUUACAAAGCAAUCCCAGGAGUGGUAGAAAAAGUCAAGAUAUUGGAAGGCCAAUACAAUGAAAUUGAAAUUCCCAAUGAAGAAAAUGUCGUUACUUACUACAAAAUAAGGCAGCAGCUGGCUAAACUGGGUAAAGAAAUUGAGGAGUAUAUACACAAACCAAAAUACUGCUUGCCAUUUCUACAACCAGGCAGACUUGUUAAGGUGAAAAAUGAUGACGAUGACUUUGGUUGGGGAGUUGUCAUAAAUUUCAAUAAGAAAUCUAAUGUGAAGCCUAACACUGGAGAACUGGACCCCUUAUAUGUGGUGGAGGUUUUAUUGCUUUGCAAUAAAGACAGCGUAAAACUUGCAGCAUCAGGAGCAGCUAAACCAGCUAAACCAGGGGAGAAAGGAGAGAUGCAGGUUGUUCCCAUCCUGCUUCAUUUAAUUACAGCCAUUAGUAGUGUACGUCUCUAUAUUCCAAAAGAUCUGAGACCACUAGACAACAGGCAAAGUGUUUUGAAAUCAAUACAGGAAGUACAAAAGAGAUUUCCUGAUGGUGUACCUUUACUUGAUCCAAUUGAUGACAUGGGAAUCAAGGAUCAAGGACUGAAGAAAGUAAUACAGAAAAUUGAGGCUUUUGAGCACAGAAUGUAUUCACAUUCCAUGCAUAAUGACUCAAAUUUGGAAACUGUUUACAGACUUUGUGAGAGGAAAGCACAGAUUGCUGGAGAAAUCAAAGCAGCAAAGCGAGAGCUGAAGAAAGCUCGAACAGUAUUGCAGAUGGAUGAACUGAAAUGCCGUAAACGAGUGAUCAGACGAUUAGGCUUUGCUACUUCUUCUGAUGUAAUUGAAAUGAAAGGACGAGUUGCUUGUGAAAUAAGCAGUGCGGAUGAACUACUACUGACAGAAAUGAUGUUUAAUGGGAUCUUCAAUGAUCUGGCAGCUGAGCAGGCUACAGCCUUACUGAGUUGCUUUGUAUUUCAGGAGAAGGCAAACGAAAUGCCCAAACUGACAGAACAACUAGCAGGUCCAUUACGACAGAUGCAGGAAUGUGCCAGAAGAAUAGCCAAAGUUUCAGCAGAAGCUAAACUGGAGGUUGAUGAGGAAAUGUACCUCGACUCAUUUCGCCCCCAUUUAAUGGAUGUUGUGUUCACGUGGGCAAAUGGAGCUACUUUUGCUCAGAUCUGCAAAAUGACAGAGGUUUUUGAAGGCAGUAUAAUUCGUUGUAUGAGACGAUUGGAAGAACUCCUUCGGCAGAUGUGUCAAGCAGCAAAGGCAAUAGGAAACACAGAACUGGAAAAUAAAUUUGCAGAAGGAAUUACCAAGAUCAAAAGAGAUAUUGUAUUUGCUGCAAGUCUUUACCUGUAACUUUGAAGAAGUAACAGCAGCAGAAGCACCAUCCACUUUCAGGUUGAAAUUAAAGAACAUGUUUAUGAAAUGUCCAGCAGCAUUGAGGUAGAUGAUUUUUAUGGAGAGAUGUCUUUGGUUAAGGAAUAAAUAGACAACAAAUGAGGAUUGGCAAACUUUGUAGUUUUUUUUAUUUUCCAUUGCUUUUGUGUGUAGUUGAACUCAAGCACCAUCAAAGCAAGCUUCAACAGCUGGAACUGUACAUAACUGUUAUUUUAAUAAACAUUUUACAUUUUGCA